AUGGCAGGGUUAAUGGAGAAAACUAAAUUCUCACUGCGUGGAGAUGGUUGCAUAACUACAUAAUAAAUAAGUCAAUAAUAAUAAAUCACAAACACAACUAAAAGAUUCAAUUUCUAUGUUGAACGAAUCCUCACAAAAGCUGCUGUUGCUAUAAAUGAAUAAGAAUCUUAAGAAAUAAUGAUAGCCAUUCAAUAGUUUACUUUUUAAGAGGAAAAUAUCUAUAAACUCAACAAAAAAGCUGGGAUGUCAUGA